AUGGAAGACUUUCAAAUUAUUUUAUCAGAACGUGGUAAAGAGUUAGUUCUACACAAAACAAACAAAUAUCGAUUCAGGCGACAGCGGGAAGAUGGAAUUCUAAAAUGGUUAUCUACAAACAAAGUCUGUAGUACAAGUGUUUUGACGACAUCAGAUAAAAAAUCGAUUUGUGAAUUUUCCGGCGAGCAUAUCUGCUCUGAAAACUCUGUACAAAAAAUCGAGCGACAGAUAUUAAGGGAAAAUUGUAAAAGAAAAUGCGAAGAAGAUUUAUCUACUAAGCCGUUAAAAAUGAUAAGAACGGAACUAUUAAAUAAUACAGUAACAGAGAUAGUUAAAGAAGACAUAAAAACUGUGAGGAAAACUAUGUAUGAGAAGAGACGAAAACAUUACCCAACAUUUCCGAAAUCAUUUGAUGAAGCAAUUGAUCAACUAAAAAAUUUGCACGAAGACGAUUUUUUUCAAUUUAAAGGUAAUCAAUUUGUCCAUGUUCACGAUGAUAAAAAUAUUAUUUGCUUAACAACUUCAUCAAAUAUUAAUUUACUCGCGGAGAGCACAGAGUUCUUUGCAGAUGGGACGUUUGAUUAUGCACCUAGAUUUUUUUUACAAUUAUAUACUAUUCACUGCUACAAAAAUAGAUUUUACGUACCACUCGUUUAUUUCUUUUUGCCUGAUAAAUCAAAACAAACAUAUAUUGAAAUGUGGAGGUUUCUUUUGAAGAUAAGUUUGAAACUUUCAAAUCGUAGUUUUGACAUCAAACAGUUACAUUUGGAUUUCGAAAUUGGAGCACACGAGGCAUUAAGAAAUAUAUUUCCCGGUGCAAUUAUUGAAACUUGCAGAUUUCAUCUUGGCCAAUCAUGGUGGCGAAAGAUAAACGGAGGUUCGCAAUUGCGUACAGCAUAUAAUAAUCAAAAUGACGAACUUAGUAAAUGGUUAAAGUUGUUUCUUGGUUUACCGUUUAUACCAUAUCUGGAAGUUGAGGACGCAUUUGUGGAGCUUAUGACAGUAUGUCCAAGCCCAGUAGGAAAUUUAUUUUCGGACUACGUCUUAUCAAAUUACAUAGAACCUGAUGCUUUAUUUCCACCAAAUCUGUGGGCGUCCAGACCAACGUUGAACCCAAGAACUACUAAUGGAGCAGAAAGUUUUCACCGGACAUAUAAUAGCCAGUUUCAUAAUACUCAUCCUCCGAUUCAUUUAGUUAUAUCGAUUUUAAAAGAAACUCAAGCCGACACUGAGACAAUAAUUUCAUCAAUAAACAAAGGUCGAAAAAAAAUCGUGGCAAAAAAAGAUUUAGAUAGAAUUAAAUUAACUAUUCAGAGCUAUAAUGAUUAUAAAAAUCACCAUAACAUAUUACAAUAUUUAAAAACGAUUUCUUGUUAUUAA